AUGUCGUCAUCAUUACAGCAGUGGGUCUUUUAUGAUCCACUAAAACACAAUGAUGACCCAGGAGAUUUCACAUUUAUUAUCAAUUCAUAUAACUCUCGCGAGUUUUACAUGAUUUCCAUUACAUCUUCUGUGAUUUCUAAGAAAAGUCAGAAACUUGCGACUGCAUUAGCAAAUAAGACAUCCAAAAAUUCACUUAUUACUUCCAAAAACCCCUAUGAAGUUUACUGUAUCUUACGAUUUACAAAUGAUCAAUCAUUUUCAAUACAAACUAACAGAUUUAGACAUCUCAGACAAGAAUCGGUACAGUUCGAUAUUAAAUUACCAGAAGAAAGCGAAUUUGAAAUAAUUCAUACAGAUUUGAACCAAUUUAUGAAAACAUUGCUAACAGCACACAAAGAACGAAAGAAUUAUUAUGUGUUUCAACAAUUCUUCCUUGCAAACUAUCAACAAAUACAACAAUUACCUUCCUUUUCCAAAAUCCCCAAGAAUUUAAUUGUAGAUUUGCUCCUUUACAAGGAUCACCUGUCCAUUCAAGAGUCAAUGAGUAAAGAUAGCUGUAUUUCAAUUGUUGAAUAUCUCGAACAAAAUAUCAGAAAGAAAGAUCUCAGCAGCUCUCCAAAACAUGAUAGAUCCAUUUCAGAGUUGCAAGCAAUCAUUGAUUUACGCAACAAAGAAAUAAAUGAGCUCAGAAUUCAACUUGAUGAUCAGAAUAAAAACGGAAAACCAGAUAAAGAGAAAGAAAUUCUCUUGUCUCAACUUACAGAACUAAAUACAAAACUUCAAAAAGCAGAGCAAGAAUACAAUUCAAAACUUAACAACUUAUUAAUCGAAAACAAUACAAACAAGUCUAAUCUAUCACAGUUAGAGCUUAAGAAUACCCAGUUAAAUAACGAAAACAGUCAAUUGAAGAAAGAUUUAAGUGAAUUUUCAAAAACAUUGACAUCUAAAGAAUUAGAGGCAUCAAACCUUCGCGAUCAACUUAAGAAAGUAUCCGAAUCGAAUACAAACAGAGAAGAUUCAAAACAAAUAAUUUCUCAAUUACAAGACCAAGCUGAGCAGCUCAGAAACAUCAUCAAAGCCAAAGAAGACGAGAACAAGAAGCUAGAAACCAAGAAUCAGAGAGCUGCUCUGAAGUAUUCCGAAGCAAUUUCGAAAUUAACAAAGUCAUCUGACGACCAAAUCACAAAAAUCGAUCAAGAGAACAUGAAAUUGCAAGCCCAGCUCCAACUCUACCAGCAAGAACUCUCAAAAGUCAAUGCUUCUAAGUCCGAAAUUUCGGAUCUCAAAGAAAAACUAAAAGAAAGGGAGAAAACAAUUAAAGAGCUCUCCAGCAAACUCAACGAUAUCACCACCCAAAGUGAAGCAAACAUGGAGUUCGAGCGCCAGAAGGACAGACAGAUCCAGAACCUGCAUUCAGAAGUAGCAAAAUUGUUGGUCGAACAACAAAAAAGUGAAGUGAUAAAAAUAGAAGCGGAGAAGAACCGGAAACUCGUCAAAGCACUGAAGAAAGAGAAGGUAGAGCUGGACAAGAAGUCUCAGGAAGUCAUCGCUAAGCUGCAGCAGAAAAUAAACAUACUCACAAACAAUUACGAGCUGAUUUCGCUCGAAAAAAUCAAAAUGGAGCAGACAAUGUCAUCAAACCUGCUCUCAGUAAGAAAGGAGUCGUCAGAUACAAAUACAUAUUUAUCUGAAAAAGUAACUCAACUCUCAAAUUCUCUGCAAGAACUCAAAAAACAAAAUAAAUCCUUAAAAAGAAAAUUGAAUGGUUUACAAAACGAUUAUAAUGAAUUGAAAUCAAAUCAAGUUGAAAUAGAAGAAUUGGAAAAUGAAAACAAAGACCGAAAGAAGAAAUUGAGAAGCUAUCAAAAUAAUUUGACACCAGUGAAAUCUCCAAAAAUAGAAGAUGAAAAUAAAGAACUGAAAAAGAAAUUGAGAGGUUUACAAAAUGAUUAUAAUCUUUUGAAAGACCAAAUUACCGAAAAUGACGAAGAAAACAAGCAGAAGAUGAUCAGACGUCUGACAAAGAAACUCGGCCAGUCCGAAAAACAGUUUGAAGAUGUUUCCAAGGAAAGAGAAGUUCUUUUGGCCAGAAUCGAAGAUCUCUCAGAAGAAAACGAAAAGCUGCGGAACCGAUCAAACGAAGGAGACGCUGAAAUUGUCAAGACGCAGGCUGAUCUGAUCUCCAAGCUACAACAGCAGAUACAGAGCCUCUCAAACAACCCUCUCGACUUCUCCGCGAAGGACCAGUACAUCAACUCCCUCCACCAGGAAAUUGACGAACUAAAACAGAGGCUAAACGAAAAUGCUGCAAAAGUGGUCACUCCACAAGACCGCAAUGCAGUUCCAGAGAAAGAGAAAACAAUCAUUGACAUGAUAAACGAAGAUAGCGAUGGAUAUUCCGAGGAGGAAGAAGCAGAAGAUUCAGGAAGCGAAGCAGCAACAAAAGAUUUGGUUCCAUCCAGGCAGAGAAUGAUCAGAUUGUCUUACGACGAACCAAACACAGAAAAUGCUGAAAUAACAAGUCUAAAGGUCAUGUUGGAAGAGAAAACAAACGAAGUAAACGACCUAAAGAAGCAAAUUAAUGAGGCAAAUGAUAAAAAUUUGGAAGAGAAAUUGAAUGAAAAAGUGACAGAUUUAAAGUCCACACUUUCACUCAAAGACGACAUCAUCCAGCGCCAAAAUGACGAAAUAAACGAACUCAAGACGCACAUCGACAGUCUCAAGUCGAAAAUAGAGAAUUUAAUUGCGACAAACAACAUAAAUCAGAAAGAGACAGAAAACAAAGAAUACGACUACUCAGAAACAGAGCAAAACAACGAAGAUAAAAAUGAUAUCGACAAAAUGUUUGAGAAGAAGAUUUCCAACGCUGAAAACCAAGAACUGGAAGAGCUGAAAGCAGAGAAUGAUAAUUUGAAGAUAGAAAUCAUUCCAUUGAAAUCAAAAGUUGAGUCAAACGAAAAUGAAUUCAUUUAUAAGAAUGAUGAAGAAGAAGAAGUCAAAGAAAACGCUGACAAACAAGAAAUCCAAAAUCUUAGAGAAGAAGUUGCAAAGUUAAACGAUAUCUUGUCAAGAAAGCCAUCAGAUGAAUACAUUGAGAAUCAGCUGAACACAAUUAACUCACAGAAACAGCUGAUUGACAGGCUCCAGACCAAAGUGGCAAAACUGAAAAAUUCUGCAAAUUAUUCUGAAUCUGAUGAUGAAAGUAAAACUCAAACAAAGAGUGAAAGAAACGAAAAUCCUGAAGAACUCAAGACAGAAGUUGAGUUACUCAGGCUCCAGUUGUCAAAGCUGCCAACAGAAGAUGAUAUGAAAAAGCUGAAAGAGACAAUUCAGGAAAAAGAUGACAAAAUUUCUGAAUUGCAAAAUCACAUCACAAACCUGAAAUCAAAAAUAGAGAACUACGUCCAAAUGGCGAACAACAGCAACAAAGAUAACGACGACAAAGAGAACGACUACCAGUACGAGGAAUACGACGAUGACGAAGAAGUCAAAGUGGAAGGAAAUGUUAAAUCUCGCGAUGUAGUUAUUCUCGGAAAUGACGAGGAAGAAGAAAUAAAAGUUGUUGAAGGAAAAAGUGAAUUGGAAGAUGAAAAUGAAAAUCUCAAGAAACAAAUAGACGAUCUAAAGAAUCAGUUGCGAAAUCUGCAGAAGGAAUCUGAUAAUUCGACUUCUUCUGAUUCAGAAUCUGAUGAAAAACAAAAUCAAAAAGAAAAAGAUACAGAAGAGAAAUUGUCUCAGAAGGAAGAAGAAAAUCAGCUCCUCAAAGCUAAAAUUUCAGAAUUGGAAGAAAAAGAAAAUCAACUCAAGAUCACUUUGCAAAAUAAACAUUCUGAAGAAGAUCUAGAAAAUAUUAAAAACGAAGUGCAAAAACUCAAUCAAGAAAAUGAAAUUUUGAAGUCAAAAAUCGAUGACCAACAGAAGAUUAUCAUUGAGUUGUCAAACACGGCACAAAAUGAGCAAGAAUUAAAUGAUUUGAAGUCAGAAAACAAUAAAAAUCAACUUUUGAUCACUUCACUUCAACAAGAAAUCGAAAAUCUCAAAGCUAAAAAUGAGAAAUCCUCUUCUUCUUCAUCUUCUGACGACGAAAAAGAAAAUAAAGACGAAGAAAUAGAAAUCCUGAAGAAAGAAAUUGAAACUCUUAAUGGAACUAUUUCUGAAAAACAGAAUUUCGAAACAUUGAUUUCAGAAAAAGAUUCGGAAAUAGAAAGCCUGAAAAAGGAAAUUCAAAGCAUUGAAACAGAAAGAAACAACAAUUUGUCUGGAAAAGAACAAGAAAUAGAGAACUUGAAGAAAGAGAUCGAAACUAUGAAAUCAGACAAAAGCGAUUCAGAAAGUGAGGAAAAACUCAAAUUAGAGGAUCAGAUUAAGCAGAAGGACGAAGAGAUUGGACGUCUUCAGAAGGAACUCUCAGAAAAACCGUCAAAUGAAGAGAUUUCGGAGCAAAUCCAAACAAUUUUGAAGCAAGGCGAGGAAAAUUCGAAACUGCAAAGCCAACUUUUGUCAAUGACUUCGAUGGUAAAUGAAAUCAAAGCUCAGCUGGAACAAAAAGAAAAUUUGGUCAUUUCAAUGGAAACUGAAAUUCAAAACCUUAAAUCCAAAAGUGACAACGAUCAAUUGUCACUUUUAGAAAAUGAGAAUCUGAAAAAGCAAAAUGAGGAAUUUUCCAAACAAAUCAGUCUUAAAGAUGAAGAAAUACAGACACUAAGAAACGAAAUAGAAAAAAUAAACAAAGAAAAAGAUGAAAUUCUCAAAAAUCAAAUUCAAGAAUCUGAGAAAAGUGACAAAAGUGAAGCCAAUUCAGAUCUUGAGAAAGAAAAUGCCGAACUCAAACGGAAAUUGUCUGAAUACUCAACUCAGGAAGAGAUGAACGACCAGAUACAGACAAUUCUUUCUCAGUCUGAAGAAAUUGACAAAAUGAAGAAACAAAUUUUGGCUUUGACAACUAAAAUCAACGAAGAAAACCAAGCCAAACAAAGUGACGAAGAGACAGAGAGCCUGAAGAAAGAAAACCAGACGCUGAAGGAAGAGCUGGCGAAGAAGCCAAGCGACGAAGAACUCAAUGACCAGAUCCAGACCAUUAUGACUCAGUCGGAAGAAUUGGAUAAGCUGAGAAAACAAAUUGUAAAAUUGACUGCAAUGGUUAAUUCAGCACCAAAAAUGAGCCCUGAUGAUGAGAAUAAGAAGAUUUAUGAUGAAAAAGAUGAGGAGAAACAAAAAUCUUCUUCAUCAUCUUCGUCAUCAGACAAAGAAGAUGAAAAAGAAAAUGUAGAUGAAAUUAAAAAAGAUGAUGAAAAUGAUAAUGAAAUAGAAAAAGAAGUUGAAAAAGAAAAUCAAGAUGAAAAAGAUGAAAAUUAUGAAUAUAUGUAUGAAGAAGAAGUUGUUUAUGAAUAUGAAUAA